CCAUCCAAGCGAAGUUUCCUCUGCACUCGAGACGUUGACUCGGUUCCACGCCCCUCUUCCGAGCAUCGCUGUGAUGAUGACGCCCUACACUGGCGAAGGAGCCUCAGAGGCGGCGGUGGCGGUGGCUGUUUGCGGCGGACUCGGCGGUGGCCGUCGUAGCCGACGCGCGGUCCGUUGGGCCGCCAAGUACCUCGUUCCCCAUGCCCACCGCGUCGUCCUUGUUCAUGUCAUCCCCGCCAUCGCUUCCAUUCCGUCUCCGUCGGGAGAACUGGUUCCUGUGGACUGCGUGGGGAAAGACGUUGUGGAAAUGUACGUGCGGGAUCAGAAAUCGAUCGCCCAGCGCGUGUUCCUCGAGUUCAGACAGCUUUGCGGUACCAAUAAUAUUGACACUGUUGUUCUGGAAGGAGGAGACCCUGCUUCCGCUCUACUGAAAUAUGCUUCGGACUCGGGAACUAAGAACUUGGUCUUGGGAUCUUCAUCAAAUUUUUUGAGAAGGAUACUGAAGGGCUCGGAUGUGCCAACGACAAUCCUAAAACACUCAUCCAAUUCUUGCAACCUUUUCGUUGUGUCACGAUACAAGCUCGUGGUGAAAUUUGCUAACCAACUUCCGGCAGAUGAUGCUAACUGUAGCACCCAUGUAGAAGCCAUCAGCCACAAGUUACUUGGUCGGAGAGGUGUUGGCUUGCAUGCUUAUCCCACCAGCGACCAGAAGUCAUUCAUCAGUACAUAUUCUGAAACUUCGCAAUUUAGUGAAGUACACGAUGAAGGAGAAUUAAGUAAUGAAAUAGUAAAAGUUCCUACACACAAGAAAUUUGGUUUUCUGGACUAUAUUAAAGACAUGUCUUUUAUGGUCUUCCACUCAACUAAAAAGGGUGAAUCUUCAGCUGAAGUAUCAAAGUUAAGGAAGGAGUUACAAAGCACUCUUGCCAAGUAUCAUCAAGUUUGUGACGACUUGUUUCAUGCAAAGACAAAGGUUCAAUUACUUUCCACUGAAUGCUCUUUAGCUGAAAGGAAAGUGAAGGAUGCGUUAGAGAGGGAGAAAAUAUUGAAAAAAAUUGCUGCAGAAGAAAGAGCAAAACAUUUGAAAGCUGUGAAAGAAGUUGAGGAAGCUAAGCAAUUAGCUUCACUUGUGCAAGAGACCCUACAAAGACAGAAUGCAGAACCUGCAACUGCCAAGGUGUCUUUUCAGAAAUCAGAAAUAAUAGAUUUCUCAAAUAGCAAAUGGUGCCAAAAAUAUUCCAAGGAUGAAAUAGAAGAGGCUACUGAUAACUUUUCUGAAGACAAGAAAAUAGGAGAGGGAAGUUGUGGGAGUGUCUACAAGUGCACUCUUGAUGAUACCACUGUAGCCGUCAAGGUUCUUCUUCAUGAUAAACGAGACAAGAGAGAGCAAUUUCUUAGAGAGGUAGAAAUUCUUAGCCGCCUUCAUCAUACUCACAUGGUUUCACUCCUUGGAGUCUGCCCUGAGAAUGGUUGUCUUGUGUAUGAAUACAUGGAAAAUGGAAGCUUAGAAGAUGUACUAUUUGGCGAUGGCAAGAAGCCGCUUCCUUGGACUAUCCGGUUCCGUAUUCUUUGUGAAGUAGCUCUAGGACUCUCUUUUCUUCACGGCAACAAGCCUGAGCCUAUAGUUCACCGUGAUCUUAAGCCAGGGAACAUCUUGUUGGAUAGCAACUACGUGAGCAAGAUUGGAGAUGUCGGACUAGCUAAACUCCUCUCGGAAGUGGUGCCCGACGGUCUUACAGAAUACAAAGAAACUGUUCUUGCUGGUACAUUCUUUUACAUGGAUCCAGAAUACCAAAGGACAGGUACAAUCCGCCCCAAGUCGGAUCUCUAUGCCUGGGGCAUGGUUGCGCUACAACUGCUGACAGGGAAGCAUCCAAAAGGAUUGAUAAUGAGCAUGGAGGAAGCAAUCAAAGAAGGAAACUUCACUCGUGUGCUCGACAAAUCAAUCACUGAUUGGCCUCUUGCUGAGGCUGAGAGUUUAGCUAAACUCGCUCUGCGGUGUACACAAUUGAAAUGCAGGGAUCGACCUGAUCUCAAUUUGGAAAUUUUACCGGAGCUUCAGAAUAUGGUGAACGAGGGAAAUGGAUACUUCAAAAGUAGACAAGACAAGAUCGUUUUGCCAAAGCAUUGUCUCUGUCCCAUACUACAGGAAGUGAUGGAUGAUCCAUAUGUUGCUGCUGAUGGUUACACAUACGAGUACAGAGCCAUUAAAGCAUGGCUUGAGCAAUAUGAUACAUCUCCUGUGACCAAACAAAGGCUUUCUCAUAAAUACAUAAUUCGUAAUGUCUCAGUGCAUUCAGCCAUACAAGAAUUGAAGUUGCGAGCAUCAUUGCCGCCUCUUGGAAUCAACUAAAUGGUGGUCUACCUUUCUAUUCAAAUUUUGCCUUUUUUAGAAAUGUGUUCAUCUUUUAAUUAAUUUUAUUUUGGUUGUGUAAAUAAUGGAAUAAAAAUAAAAGUGUACAAAUGGUUCUUCACAAUAAUAUAUGUAUUGUUUUGCA